AUAAUGGAUAAUACAAGUAGGAAACAAGAUAUUCACAAAGACAAAGAAAAGGAGAAAGAUAGCCAAAGAAAAAAUUUGGACGACAAAAUUUCUGGAGAGGCAGAAUUAGAUGUACUAUAUACAACUCGAUUAAAUUCCACAAAUCAGGAAGAUAUUGAAAAAAGGAUACAGUCUUUAAAACAUGUGUUGGAGAAUGAUAUAAAAGCAGCUGAUCUGAAAUGGUCCUUAUUUGUAGCAGCAUGUAACACAUAUCGCUAUGAUACUUGUCUGAAACCAUUUCCACCAAUGUACAUAAAUAAUGAAUGCAAGGAUAUUGAAGCUUUGAGAAGAGCUACAGAAGUUAUUCCCCCACUGGCUGUAAUAUUUAAAGCAUUGUCAGAACCAGAUGUAUAUGAGAGGUAUGGGACAGCUAUAAACCUAUUACAUUGGGUUUUAGUACGUCUAAGAGAUCCUUACUUAAAAAGCAUUAAAAAAGAAUGUUAUGACUCAAUAUUGAGAAAAGUACCUUCAGAAAUGUCAGUAGUUGCACCAAAUUUAAUAUUCCAAGUUGCAAGUACAAAACAAUCUACUUCAGAGGACAGAUGGAAAACACUUGCUCAAGGCCAUUCAACUUUUUAUGCUUAUCAUGGUAGUCGAUUAGAAAAUUUUCAUUCCAUUAUACACUAUGGUUUACAACAGAUUAUGUGCAAGAAAUCAUUGUUUGGUAAAGGAAUAUAUCUUACAAGUGAAUUAGGUGUAAGUUUACCUUACAGUCCUAUAGGCUAUGGAUGGGGAGGUAGUGUGCUAGGAAGUGAAAUGAGUUGUAUAGCUUUAUGUGAACUUAUUAAUUCUGCAGAUGUAAAGACUGGAGGUUCAGAAGAUAAUGCUAGGAAUGUAGCAGCAGAUUCUGUAGGUGGAAGGGUUCCAAAUAAAUAUUAUUUGGUAACAAAUAGUGAAUUGGUAAGGGUACGAUAUCUUCUUGUUUACAGUAUUCAAGUUCAAACAACAAGAUGUACUGAUAACAAGGGGUUAUUAGCAUGGUUCAAACAACAUAAAUUAUUAACAUUUAACAUUGUAAAUCAAGAAAAUGUCAAAAAUAUUAAGUCUCCCAUGAAUGGAGUAGUUGGGAAGACUAAGAGAGCUGCUUUGGGUGAAAUAGGUAACAAAGUCAACACACUAAGAGGUGUAGAAUCCAUUGACACAUCUCGUUUGCUACCAAAAGAUAAGAAAAAAGUCAUAGCUCAAAAACAAGCUAUUAAACCAUCAGAGAAGGUGACAGAGAAACCACCUGUGCAGAUAGUUAAACCUGUAAUAAAGUUUACAGUUCCUCAUGAGAAUCACGAGGUGCUAACACUUCCUAAAAAGGAGUUUGAAUCAUUUUCCUCAGACCUUUUGGCAGUUGAGGAUAUUGAUGAAGAAGAUAAAGGAAAUCCUAGUCUAGUUUCUAUUUAUAGCAAUGACAUUUAUGAAUACUUAAGAACCUUAGAAAGUAAGUUUCCUGUUGCAAGAGGAUAUUUACAUGGUCGAGAAGUUACACCAAAAAUGAGGAGUGUACUCAUAGACUGGCUAGUAGAAGUACACCAACAGUUUCAUUUAAUGCAGGAGACAUUGUAUUUGACAGUUGCUAUUAUUGAUAGAUUUUUACAGACUUUCCACUCAAUAGAUAGGAAAAGAUUACAAUUAGUUGGUGUAACAGCUAUGUUUAUUGCUAGCAAGUAUGAAGAAAUGUAUUCUCCAGACAUAAAUGAUUUUGUAUAUAUCACAGAUAAUGCUUAUUCGAAGGUAGAAAUAUUACAAAUGGAAAUGCUUAUUGUGAAAACACUAGAUUAUUCUUUUGGCAGACCAUUACCCUUACAUUUCCUAAGAAGGUAUAGCAAAGCUGGAAAGGCCCUUCCUAUUCAUCACACAAUGGCCAAAUAUUUCCUAGAACAAAGUUUAGUGUAUUAUGAAAUGUGUCACUAUCCACCAAGUCUUAUUGCAGCUGCAGCAAUAUAUUUAGCUUUUAUAAUUAUUGGUAAUGAUGUCGAGGACGAGCAAAAAUUUGUCUGGACAAAUACCUUGGCGCAUUAUAGUACCUAUACCAAGGACGACGUGUUACCCGUGGUGCGAGAGGCAGCAAGAAUUAUAGUUAAUCUGGAUAAGAGCAAGUAUCGAGCCGUGGAGAAGAAAUACGUUCAAUCGAAGUACAUGAAGAUCAGUACCCGACCCGAGCUUAGAUCAUCAAUGAUGAUUGCUAUAGCUACCGCGGAUAAGAAGGCAGUAUAA